AUGAGAUGUCGAAUGAAUCGCUCGACAGGUGUUGAUUAUUUGGAGCCGUUUGAACCAGGUGAGUUAGUCGAUGGUUUGGAAGGAAUUGGUGUCGUCGAAAUGGCGUCUCCAGCUUGUAACUUUGAAGUGGGUGACCUGGUGACUUCUGUCGGUCGAUUAUGGCCAUGGAGUCGACUGUUUGUGGCUGAUCACUCAGAUCUGGUUAAGGUGAAUUUGCCACGUGGUUACUCGCCGUCAAUAAUUCUGAGCUGUGUUGGUAUAUCAGGUAUGACCGCGUUGUUGGGUAUUCGCAAAAAAGCCGCAAUCGAUCCAACAAAACCGCAAACGAUUGUCGUCUCAGGUGCGGCCGGAUCGUGUGGAUCUUUAGCUGGACAGAUAGCUAGGUUAGAUGGAUGUACCAGAGUGGUGGGUAUAUGUGGAGCGCCAGAAAAAUGCGAAGUUUUAAUGAACGAGUUAGGCUUUGAUGGUGCGAUCAACUAUAAAGCUGAAUCGGUACCGGAUCGAUUGAGGACACUGGCACCUGACGGCGUUGAUAUUUACUUUGAUAAUGUCGGUGGUUUCGUCAGUGAUGCGGUUAUUGCACAGAUGAAUCAAGGAGGUCGUGUGGUUUUAUGCGGUCAGAUUGCCGUGUACAAUACGAAUCUACCGUAUCCGCCGCCGAUACCCGAGAAGACUGCAGAGAUUAUCGCAGAACGAGGCAUUCGAAGGUAUAGUGCUUGG